CGCUGUGUCGGUGUAAUUGGCCCGUCAGAGGAGUGUCUGGCUGCUUCCUGUUUGUGAGCUGGUGAGACACACCUGAGCGGCGGAGGACAACACAGCGGACUGUCCUCACUGUCUGUCACCGUCAAGCUUUUUAUUGAUUAUCGAUUGAUCGGGACUAGAAGCGCUUCCGGUUCUUGCGCCGACACUGAGACUGUCCGAGCGGAGACGCGUCAGGAGGCGGUGAGCUGUGUCCUUCCUGCUACAAUCAGCUGACAAUGCCUUCAUCCUCCUCUUCCUCCUCUUCCUCCCCCCUCCUCCUCCUCCUCCUCCUCCUGCCGCUGAUGCGGCCUGCCGCCUCAGCGGAAGAGGACGCGGUCUGCGGCAGCGGAACUUUCCGCUCCGGUCAGGAGAACUUCGUACUGGACGCUGAGGACGCAGUGAAGGCGGGAGCGGCGAUGGUGGCCACUGCGCAUGUGCAGUUGGAGGAGGAGUGUGAGCGCGCGUGCUGCGAGGAUUCGCGCUGCAACCUGGCGCUUCUGGAGCCGCGCGUCAACGGAAACUGCACGUGCGUCCUCUUCAACUGCGUGCACAGGAACCGCUUCGUGUGCAGGUUCGUGAACAAGGUCGGGUACCGAAGCUACAUCCGGAAUUCUGUUUACCUGAAACACCUGCAGGGACCACGAGGUGACCAGGCUCCGCCCAUCGCCAUCGCAGGUCGUGAUGUGGUCAUCCAGCCUGGGAAGACGGUGCUGCUCAGCGGCGUCGAGAGCAUGGCGCUGGGCGACGCCCGCAUCACCAACUACCAGUGGAGUCUGCAGAGUGGACCUGAUGGCGUCAAGAUGGAGAAGACAAAUCUACCGGACCAGGUGAGACUUUCCAACCUGCAGCCCGGCAAGUACGUCUUUCAGCUGACUGUCACCGACUCCAACAGCCAAUCACACGCCACCAAGGUCACUGUCCUCGUCCUCAGCCCGGAGCAAUCCAGCUUGUUCUGUCGGGCUCCAGUGAAGGUCGGCCCGUGUCGCGCCGCCUUUCCUCGCUGGCAUUACGAUGCCGGCACGGGCGAGUGUGAGCAGUUUGUGUUUGGAGGCUGUAAUCCAAACGACAACAACUUCCUGUCCAAGAACGAGUGUGUGUCUGCCUGCAGCGGAGUCACAGUGUCAACAGAGAGGAGCAUCCUGCCUGAUGGUGAGGAGUGUGAUGUGGCUUGUGCUCCUGCUCAGCUGAUCUGUGAUAACGGCUGCUGUGUGGACAGAAGUCUGGAGUGUGACGGCGUGAAGCACUGCAGCGACGGGUCGGACGAGCUCCACUGCACCAAAUUGAAUCAGACCCUCACCCGCCUGUUGAACAUCGAUGUGAACCUGAAGAAAGCUCGGUGUGCGGAGCCCCCCCACACCGGACCGUGUCGGGCCAGCUUCCCCCGCUGGUACUACGACCCAAUGAAUAAGAAAUGCUUCACCUUCACCUUCGGCGGCUGUGAGGCCAACGCCAACAACUUCGAGGACCAGGAGACAUGCAGAGAGGCGUGCCGCGGAGUCACCGAGAACAAUGUGUUUUUCAAAGGGUUGUUUGAUCGUUUUGAGACGGAGGAGGAGAGCGACUCAGGUAACAUAGCUCUGGCUGUCUUCCUGUCGGUGGCCAUCUUGGCUCUGUUGGCGAUCCUCACCUACUGCUUCCUCAAGUCCAGGAAGAAGCGCUCCCAUAGGCCCGUUGCCACAGGCCCCGCCCACGUGACGCUGUCGGAGCAGGACACGCUCGUGUACAACAGCACCACCAAACCAAUAUGACAUCAUCACCACAACUGAUGACCUCAUGAAGCUGAAGACUCCUCCUCUUCCUCAGCAGCAGGAGUGUUAUCAGUGCUUCAGUGUUGGUGGGAGUGGAAAUGAAACAAGCCAAGUUGAGUUGUUUGCUGAGGAGCUUCUGAGUCGUCAUAUUAAUGAGUGUGUGUUGCAUGUUGUUACAGUGUGUUGGGUUCUAUUGUGUUUAAUUAUUUAUGAACUGUUCUGUUUGUCUCCAGCUGUAAAUAUGAAGUUAAUGUGUUAGUUAGUGUUGUUUGAAUCAUCUCAGGGCGUUAAUAUCAAAAUCAAUAUCAAUAUCUUCAGUUUGUUAAUAAAGUUGAUUAACCCAA